ACUGCCCCAUUCUCACGCACUUCAAGUGUUUGCAAAACCCAGAAGAUGAAGAUGAAGAAGGUGGAUGCGGUGGCGUUGGUUUUCGUCAUCUUUAUUAUGAUUUUGCAGGUUCUUGCAGAAGCAUCCUUCCACUCCGAUCUUGGCUCUCCUACAAACGAAGAGGACCAGACAGCGGCGUUUGGGAGAAGAACCCAUCGGCCUACAUUCAAGUGUGGAAAGGCAUGCGAAAGAAGGUGCAGGGAGUCGUCAAGGAAGAAAGUGUGUUACAGGGCGUGCGGGACAUGUUGCCUGAGGUGCGGCUGCGUCCCACCUGGCACCUCCGGCCACACCAAUACAUGCCCCUGUUACGCCUCCCUCCGCACCCACGCCAACAAGCCCAAGUGCCCUUAAUUAAUCCUCCUCCUUUAUUUAUUGUAAUGUCAUCUCUCUCUCUCUAUAUAUAUUUAUAUAUGUAUGUGUGUGUGAUUGUAUUUCUAAUAAUGUAAUAAGACUGUAUUCGAGGUGAAAUUUGCACACGUGUGUGGGUAUGCAUGUUCCUCUAUGAUGUUUAUGAAAUGUGCACAAUUGCAAUA